GUCUAAACUCUUUCCAAAUGUCCGACAUGAUAAUGUCCUCCAUCCUGGCGUGAAGAUGAUGUUUUUUAUUUCCUUCUUCUAUUUUUUCUUGAGUGUCGCACAGCUGCUGCUUCUUUAAGAAGCCAUCGCCCACCUCCUGUCCUGUAUUUUUAGCUGAGCCAGCGACUGGAUUUGCCGGAUAAGACGGACAGUUGUGCACCGUCUGAUCGCGCUGAAUCGUUUUGAUUGAUGACAUCAAAUCACAUCCUGUGGAUCCGCCGUGGGCAUGCAGCCAGAUGUUCCCUGGAAACCUCACAUGAGGCAGACAUCAGUCCAGCCGCUCUCGGAUGCUGAAACGCGCAAUCUCUCUCUCUCUCUCUCUCUCUCUCUCUCUCUCUCUCUCUCUCUCUCUCUCUCUCUCUCUCUCUCUCUCUCUCUCUCUCUCUCUCUCUCUCUCUCUCUCUCUCUCUCUCUCCCUCUCUCUGGAUGUUUGAUAACCAUUAUGAAACGCGAUGCUGCGCUGGGUUUUGGAAAUGAGGCGCAGUGAUUUAGACACCAAAUGAAUUGACGAGAGACCAAUCCCGCGUCCAAAUCUUCCUGCGGUGUGGAAGACCUUUCUCCUCGGUCCUCUUCUUCCUCUUUUCUCGGACUGGGGAUCAGGAUAAACCUUCAAGACGGAGGGGGUAGUGGAGCAUCGAGGGAAAAACAGGGGCAACAUGCGAGAGCGGGACUUCAUGCCCAAUAUGGAGAGAGGCAAACCUGCUACUUACACGGGGGACAAAAAGGCUAAAAUGGCUGCGAAGACUAAUAAGAAGUGGGUGAGACUUGCCACUGUUUUUGCAUAUGUGUUAUCAGUGUCCUUAGCAGCCAUCAUCCUGGCUAUUUACUACAGCCUGAUCUGGAAACCCACGAGCGCAUCCUCUUCUUCUGGGAAGCCAGUGGGGCCCGAGGAGGUCUCCCCCACCGCAAACAUCUCAAUUAACGCCACGGUUCCCACAAACAGCACAGUCCCAGAGUGGAACUCUACACAGACAAGGAUACUAUCUGUGAACCAGAGCUGGCUGGGCGCAGCCCCGCACAGCCGGGCGUUUCAGUGGGACGACAGCGCGGAACGAGGGUCUGUCUCCGCGCGCGCCGCAGCCACGGAAAGUGCGCACUCUCCGCAGGAUCAAGGACUCUACACAUCCCCCCACGGUCACACGGAGAGAUCAGACACUUUGGAUAGUGAGGCGUUUACGUCUCAAUCAAGAGUAAGCCACCAGUCAAGCACCAGAGAAGCUGUCACUCAGCAGGAGGAGGAGAGGGGAGAGGAUGCAGGGACUGAGGAGCCGGAGCUGGAUGCUGCUGCUCCUCUCCCUCCGACUUAGAUCUGACCCGAGAGGAGGCUGAUCGGGCCUCUUCAACCUUAAAAACAGAAUGUUUUUACAUUCUCAGAGCCGCAGGUCGGAUUAACUCAUGUUUGCGGAUGGAUGAAACAGGAGAGCUCCUCUCUUCAAAGAUCACUGUUUCCCCUUAUUUUAGGACAUCUGUUUGCCUUAAAUCAGUUCGUGUCUAUUUUUGCCUCAGACACCCCUUUUGAAGCCACUUAAAGGAUUAAAUAUGGAUAUUUUACUAAAAAGUAACAGAACAAGGGCCAAAUAUUGUUUUUCUCACAUAUACAGCUUAAAAUCACUGCCAUGUAUCAGCUGGGUUGAAGUCGUUUAGCAUUUUCAACCAGUUUAUUUUUCAUUGAUGGAUCAAACCCUGGAUUAUUAUUAUUAUUAUUCUGCAUUAUUAAGUUAUGCUCAGGUACAGUAUGUUUAUAUAUCCAUGUAAAUGUCAUGUGUAUUUGGUUGUGUACAUAGAAGACUGGCAUACAUUUUGGCCUUGAUUAACUUUUAGUGGACUUAGGUGAUUUUUAUUAAAGCUACAGUAUGUAUAAUAGAUAUUAUUAUAUCACAACGUCCAAAUAAACAUCCUUAUAGAAAAUGA